CUCAUUUUUUUUUACUGUUUUAUAUAUUCUAAUUUACAAUAUUAGAAUUAAAUAUCUUAUACAUUAAAAACAAAAUACGAUGUUUAUUACAUAUUCAAAAAUAUUUUAAAAAUUGUUAUUAAUUGUUUCUUAUUCCUAAUAUUUUUUGUAUUUAAAAAAUAGUAUAUACAAAGAAACAUUAAAAAUACCGAAAGCUAUUUGUCAGUUUUCAACACGAGUCACGCAAUUAUGAAACAAAUGUGCAAGCCAUGUCCGUGAAAUAUGAAUCACCAACGGCGGUAAAUCGUGAAGGAUUAUCAAAACUACAAAAUCGAUAUUCGUUCCACAAAACAAGAAAAUCACGAGAAUUGUUGCUGCCACCGGUCUUGUCGAUUCAACGCAACAAAGUAACCAAGUGAAGUAUCCCUUUAUGAAAUUGAUUAAACUUUGCGAAAAUUCUUAUUUUUUUGGAUAUUGCACGAGAAUUGGGAGUGGCGCGAAGUUGACUGAUAAUGCGUACAAUGAAAACGAUACACUUUUUAUGGGAAUUUAAAAAAAAUUUUAUAAGAAUUUGAAAUCAAAUUUUAAUCAGUUAUUAUUUAUUUAAAAUUAAAUUUAUGUAAAAUCCGUAAUAAAUGUACACAUUAUUAUAAAUUUCGUACGCAUAUAAUUAUAUAUGUGUAUAUAUACAGAGCGCGAAAGAAUGUUUAUAUCGACUCGCGUAGUCGCGACUCGCGACGCAAGGGCAGGGUCGUCGGCAGUGUCACUAGUCAGUACGCCUCGUGACGCCGACGGGAUUUGUGUUCGUGAUAUGUUCGUAGAAUAGCGUUUAGUGUUCACCGGUAGUAGCUUUUGUACAGUGUUUUAAUAUAUAGUAUAUACAUAUAUACAUAUAUAUUUUUCUUAACCGGUUGUUAAAUUCACAAACGAAAGAAAUUGCGAUCAAAUUCACGAUACGUCCAGUUUGACCAAUCACAAAGAAUCAUUGUAUUUUCGUUCCAACGAAUUGUCCCGAAUAUACCGGUACUACGACGUGUCGUUAACCUCUAGUACACAAGAAGAAAAACGAAAAUUUUGAAAACGCCAAAAAUAUUGUACUGUGAUCUUUCCAAUUCGUCCUUGUCGAGGUAUCAAUAAUUCUUUUAGUGCAUACAAGUAAUCUUUUUAUAAUCUGAGCCCUUUAUUUGACGACUCAAUGUUAACAAGAAGAGCACUUAGCCGAUCAUAAUCGCGUAUUAUACGAUAAGUGUUGUAACGGCGUUUGUGAUUGGAGGAUAGAAAUAUAGGAACAGAUAAGUGAAAAUGGGGUGCAACACGAGCAAGGAGAGUGUCCAGCCGGUAGGAGAUGAAGCAAAGGAAGAUGGGAAAAACGGUGAUAUCACGAAAGCAGAGAGUAGUCCGGCGAAAGUAGAUUCGCAAGAAUCGUCGCAGAAAAGACAAUCGGCGGACUCGAAGGAGAAAAAGGAGGCAGAGUCGAAGGGUGGAGAGAAGAAAGAAGAGGACACGGAGAAGGAGAGGGAGAAAGCCGCGACCAGGAUACAAGCGGCAUUCCGCGGCCACCACGCCAGAAAGAGUAUGAAAGAUAUUGAAUCCUCGACGAAGCAGACGGGGACCAAAUCAAACUCAGAGCCAACCAAAGAACAACUUCAGCAGGAGUUCCGCGCCGACGAUAAGGAGCUUUGCGAAGCGGCGACGAAAAUCCAGGCAUCUUUCCGCGGCCAUAUGUCGAGAAAGGAGCAAGCAGCUGCAGCCAUCGCAAAAUCGGCGGAGAAUGCCGUCGAGGAUGUUGUCUCUAAGAUGGAGGAGAAGGCGAAGGACGCCAUGAACGAGCUCGAGGGUAUCGAUCUCACGGAUCCCGAUCUGCACAAGGCGGCGACGAAAAUCCAAGCGAGCUUCCGGGGUCACAAGGUCCGCCAGGAAGUGUUAGGGAAUCCAGCGCAGAACGAACCCAAGAAAUAAGAAGGAUGAGAUUGGAGUGCUUUUUUUUCGAAAUCGAAUCGUCGAUAGUAUGCCCGAUCAUGAAAUCAAAAAAAAAAAAAAAAAAAAAGAAAAGAAUAAAAAAGAGAGACAAAAAAAGAGAGAGAGAGAAUGAAAAAACACACAAAAGAGGAAAGUAAAUCGAACGAUAGAAACAAUAUAGCAGGGAAUCGGGCCUCGGGUCUUUGCUUUUCCAUUUGUCGUCGAGUCCGCUUCGUACGAUCGCAUGCGAAUCCUUUCGUUGAUCCCUCGAAAUUUUAUGGCAUUUUUAUCUUUGUAUCCGCGACACGAUUUAUUCGGGAAUCGAAUACAUUUCUCGCCGCGAUUUGUUUGAAUAUCGAGCUUACAAGUUCGCAUAAACUUUCGAACACCGAUAAUCAUCAUGGAACAAUUUUCGAUCCGUAUCGUACUUACGUAUUCUUCGUCCUUUCGAAACUAUAGUAUUACGAAAGAUAUGGAUAGUAUCUAUUCUGAAUAAACAAAAUGAAACUUCGAAUUUAUAUCUUGAUAAUUCAUAUUACGGUACCAAUUCACGUUGAAGUGGCACAGUAUAUUUUAGAUUAGUGAUAUGCUUAUAAUACGUUUUAAGACUAUAUACGCGCACACCACCAUCGUGUGAGCGUCGUUUUAAUCACUACCCUAUAUAUCGACGUUCUCGAAUAGGCAUUUCAUCGAAUGUAUGGAACGAAUCCUGAUAUUUUUCACGAAAAAUAAAUUGGAAAAUUUAACGAGACGAUAACAAGAUCACGUUGCUUGCCAUAAAACUCAACGAAUCAUGAAAUACUAUAUUGAAUUGAAUCGCGGUCAAGUAUGAAUUCGAAAAAUGCUAUUACUUGAAGAAGGUUGUCUCGAGUUUCAUCCAAUCACCAAAGGAACGAAAACGAGCUGGACGAAUUAAUUGGGUGAACAGAUCUUUCAUAAAUUCGUAAAAGAAACGCGGUGGGCGCGUUUCCUCGGGCAAGAAAUCGAUUAUACCGAAUCGAUUUAAUCGCAUGUAUACGAAGGUUUUCGUUUAAUCAGCCGCUAAAUACGUAUUCGCGCGUUCGAAAUGAACACACGAUCGAUAAAUUCCCUCGUUCAUCGUUAACACGAAAUUUAUCGCGGUGGUUGACAAUGCUCACCGAGGAUUGUUUGCGAUCGUGAGCGUCGAUAUAUCGAUGUUGAUUAAAGAUUUCGAUGGCACGAUAUCACGGAUGUGCCAUCGCUGCGUUUGCUCCUCCCUUGUAUAAUUUUAACUGUACGAACCGUCGUCGAGACUCGACGAUUCGGCCAUUCGUAUCGAAUCGUCCGUGGAUUUCGAAGAUUCGCGAACGAGAACAGUGAAAAAUUACAAGCAUCGAAUAAUUAAAAUGUCAAACAAACCAUUCUCGGUAUGGAGAGGAUAGAGUGCAGGCAUGUGAAUGAAUUGAUUCGAAGAAAUGAUAACAGUUGCAAUCUUUGAUAAUCAUUUGAAAGUCGAUCGUAUUUCUUUCCUUUUCGGAAUAAUAUCACGUGUAAUAUCGUUCACAUCGAUAAGUUCACGCUAUAACGAGUCGAUUGAAUUCGUCGUUUUUAUUGUAACAUCGCUUAAUGUAAGUCCAAUUCAAAGAAUAACGAAGUACAUGCACGUAUGAUAAUGCGUACGAUACGAUUACAAAAUCAAUGGAGGAUCAAUUUGGUCGAAAAAAAGGAAAUUAUAACCGGCAAGACGGCGCAUGUCUGAGGCAAACAACAUGUUUAAUCGAUAAACGUGUCCUCCAAGUUAUAUCGUUUUAACUUUUAAGGAUGUCCAUCCCGUCAUAUUGGUACUGCGGGUUAUUUUUCGAUGACUAAAAGCAUAUAUUUUUACGCGUUAGAUCGCACCGUAACGACACACGAUUAUGGAUACAUAUAUAAAAUAUAAGACGCGCAUUUAUACACAUAUAUAGACAGGCACAGAUGCUUUCACAACCCCGUAGACGCAAUAAUUCGACAUAAAAAGAGGCUUCGAACGGCCCGGUCGAACUGCCAUGUAACGGGUGCGCGUUUCGUAUCGUUCUAUUUUUAUCUAGUCUAUCUUUCUUCGAUUUUGUUCCCAUCGAAUUUACCAGUAGAAGAAGUAUACGUUGUUUUUAGCAGGCCUAAAAACGUUACUGCUGCUUUUUACGAUCGUUAAGAGCACUCGUUCUUCUCCUUUAUUUCGCUCCUCUUUUGCGCUGUUCUCUGCAACUUCCUGAUUCUUUUUUAUCCUGAAUGAUUGACUAUCGAUCGUUGAAAAAGGGCACAAAGAAAUUAAAGUUUGGAUAUACGUGAUAAUUUAUUCGAUAAAAGUUAUUUUUUAUUCCUUCGAGGAAAGGAAUGGCGAUAUAUGUAUUAUAAUUAGACGCACUAUUCAAAAUAAUUAAAAGACUCUGUGUUUAACUGUAUCCAAUAUAUUUUAUAAAUUUAAGAUAUAAGUAUCGAAAAUGCUACGUUUCCCCUAUAUUUAAUGUUAAUGUUCGAUUUAUUUUUAUCAAACGAUUAGAAAUUUUUGAACAGAACACCUGAUUAAUUAGCUACAAAAUAAACUUAUAGCAUUAUAAUAUUAUUAUUGUAUAUUAUACAUCGUUUCCUGUAAAGCACGAUAUUCACUGUGUCAAAAAAUUUUACUUUAGAAUAAUCCUAUUCGGAUAUUAUAUAUUGUAUUAUUUAAGCUAUACAAAUUUGACUAAUUAAUUUCUUUGUUUCAUAUCGAAUAUCCAAGAAUGAAAUGAAGAAAAUUUUUUUGCAAAACUAUCGAUUUCUUUAAAUAUAAUAUACUCUUGAUAUUAAAUGUGCAAACCUGUUAUGGUCUUAUCAGUCUCAUUAACGACCUAAUUGUUGAUAUUAAUUGCUGUUUAUUUCUUCUGUAAAUAUUUUCAAUGUGCAUCAUCGAUUCCUGUUAUGCAUUGUCACGUACCGCAAUGUUUCUAUCGGAUAUUACGCAAAACAUGAUUGUAUGUACUUUCUACUUGUAUGAAAGACAAUUAUUAUGUGCACAUACAUGAUAUAUCUUUGGAAAUAUCACACAAAUUUUUGCACUUGUUUCUGAUAACUCUUAUAUUGAAAUAUCUUUGUGAAAAAUUUAUCAAAAAGUUGUUAUAAUAAACAAAUUCUGAAAGCAA